CUCUCCUGAGCCUGGCCAGCACCCUUCCCGCUGGCCUGUGACAGCUAAGAGCGGGUGAUUAUGGCCUGGUAACAGGGAACUGGCAAGGCCCUCCUUAAAAUUUGUUGAUAAAGAGAUUAGAUUCCCAGUCUGCAUUCUCAUUUUGCAGUAGGACAUGCUCGGUCAGCCUGUCAUGGAGAGCCCCUUCAAAGACUAGCCCUGUGCCCAUCUUCCUUUGGGAUCCUGCAAAUGCCCAGAUAAAGAUGAAUGUCAUGCAUCACCCAAUAUGAAAGUUUUGGAAGUUAGAAGACGUUUGCUAAGUCAAUUUACUUCAACCUGGCAACUUCAGCAGUAAUUCCAGCCAGUUUGCAUUUAAUGGAAGAAGACCAUUGUCUGCCCAUGUACAUGUCUAACUCGUAAUAGGAGGGUGAGUUAAGCAAGACUCUGAAGCUGUUUAAGAGUUGACUAGGAAGUGAGCAGUUUGAACACUGGAAGGGGUGAGGGACUGCAGUGAUGAGGAGAACAAGGUCUGUAUUCUUUAAAGUGGAUUUGUCAAAUGUACUUGAAAGAUGCAUCUCCAAGGACCUUGGAGUAAUGGGAUCAAGACAGAGGUGAACCCUGCCCUUGUAGAGUCUUGAGUCUCUGGAGGAAGACACACAUUAAAUUACAUCAAUGUAAAGAUGAUCUGUAUUUGGAGAAGAGAACUAAAUUUUACACGGGCAACAUAACAUCUCAGGACUUCAGCUCAUCUCGGUGAGAGGAAUUUUUCAGCUCCUGACAGUCAUGAAACCUGUGGGGGUUCAUCUUCAGCAUCAACCUGAUUGGAUCCAGGCUACCUGAAAUAUUAGAAAGUUACUGUUCAAGUCACAUACAUCAUAAUGCGGAAUUCUUCAUCAGUACCACCAAAAGAUCAAGUCCACCCACAACAGACUCGUUCUGGCUCACUGAUUGCUCAGCAUCCCAUCCACCAGCAGCAAUUUGAUGAAUCAAACAUCCCUUCUGGAACAGCACAGAGUGGGAAAAGUUUACAGAAUAAGAGUCAGUUUAGGACCAUUGCACCAAAACUUGUGCCUAAAGUCUUAACAUCCAGAGUGCUACCGUGUCCUUCCUCACUUUCUGACCAAGGGAGUCUGGCUCUAACCUCCAAGCCUCUGGGCAUGCCCACCCAGAACUAUGCUCUGAUGCAGGUGGCUGGCCAGGAGGGGACGUUUUCUCUUUUUGCUUUGCCGAAUGUUGCCUCAGCUCAGCCAGUUCAGAAGCCCAGAAUGUCCCUGCAUGAAAACCUUAAACUGCCUAUUCCUCGAUAUCAACCACUAAGUAACAAAGGGUUAAGACAGAAACAGGACCUGAGCUCUCCCAAGAGUAGCUGGAAUGAACCUCCUGGCCCAGCCCAGACAUGCCAGAUGUGCCCUUCUCCACAAGCCCGUUCUGAACUGCCUCACCAGACCAACCUGUUGACGCAAAUGCCCACUUUAAACCCUUCUCCCACCAUCAGAACAGCUGCACUGACCAGUAGUAUUGACCACAGAGAUUCAAAUCCUCUAGUGACCAACAGCUGUGGAGACCUGAAGCUUCCUGCCAUCCCAGCAUGCACUACAGAGGAUUCCUCUUCCCCACAGAACCUCCCAGCAAUCAUGCAGAAGGCAGACUCUGCCAGGAAGGAGGUGCCCACUAAGCCUGCUGAUGCUUCCAGGAAGGAGGUGCCCACUAAGCCUGCUGAUGCUUCCAGGAAGGAGGUGCCCACUAAGCCUGCUGGUGCUGGUGACGAGCUCAGAGAAGAGGUGGCCCCUGCACACACUGUCUUCGGCAAUGUGGUUCAGUUGGUCUCUUCAGUACCAAAGGGUAAACUGCCCAUCCUGCCCUUCUCAAAAGGGAAAGCCACAGAUGCUGAUGAUGCCGAAGUAUCUUCAUUUGGAUACAGGGCAAACUGUGAUGAGAGACUGUCCAUAACAGAAAGGUUUGAUGCAGCCACCACGAUGCCCAGCAAGAUGAGUGCUCUGCACGGGUCAAAGCAGAGUGCUUGUGAAAGUACCUUCUGUCCUGUCACCAAACUAGACCUCAGCCACAAAGGAAAACCCAGCAGUGGGGCAGCAAAGAGAAGAGGAAGGAAAUGGAAAGUGCCAGAUGAGAUUUUAGCACUGCAGGGCAAAAGGAGGAAGUUCAUUAUUGGUAUGUGUGGAGAUGGCGUAGAGAGGGGGAGAAACAGUCCCCAAGAACCCAGAGACCAGAAGCCCAAGGCUGCUUCGAGAAAGUAUCGCAGCAUCAUGCCCAAGCCUAUCAUCAUCAUGUCUGCUUUGGCGCCCCUGGUGUCUCCUGCAGCCGCACUGCAGUCCCAGGCUCCCAGCAGCCUAGGUCAGGAUGUUCUGCUGAACAACGCACUGCCUCCAAAGUGUCUUGGCUCCAAGCAAAGUGACAGCCCUACCCCUAAGUCCAGCUCUAUGCUCAGAAAUGGAUUCUCUGGCAUUAAGAAGCCCUGGCACAUGUGUCCCGUCUGUAACCACCACUUCCAGUUCAAACAUCACCUUCUAGACCACAUGAAUACACACACCAACAGACGGCCUUACAGUUGUGGGAUCUGUCGCAAGGCCUAUGUCCGUCCCGGCAGCCUGAGCGCACACAUGAAACUUCACCAUGGUGAGAGUCGCCCCAAGAAACUAGUGUGCUGUGAGUUUUGUGCAAAAGUGUUUGGUCAUGUCCGAGUCUAUUUUGGCCAUCUGAAGGAGGUGCACAGGGUUGUGAUCAGCACAGAGCCCUCCUCCAGUGACCUGCAGCCAGGAGACAUACCAAAGAACAAAGACAGAGAUGCCUGUGUGCAAGGACCUGAUGGCCCACUGGAGAGGGAAACCAAGUCAAGUUUGGAAGAAGAUUUCCUUCUAAACCAGGCAGAUGAAGUCAAGUUGCAAAUUAGAUGUGCCCGUUGUCAGAUCACUGCUCAGUCUUUUGCUGAAAUAAAGUUCCAUUUGCUUCAUGUUCAUGGCGAAGAGAUCCAAGGCCGACUUCAGGAGGCGAUCUCACCAGGCGACAGAGCUGGGGCUCCCCACCAGAAGCCUCACACUGAGAGAAGGAAGCAGGCGAAGCCUUGUGCCUCUGUGGAGGACUCCCCAGCAUUUCCUAAAGUAAAGAGGCAGCCACCCCCUCAUCAGAAGAGGGAGGAAGUGCUGGCAGAAAGUGAAGGUGGCCCAUGGGGAAGGAACAGCCCACAGCACCCCACCAGGCUUCUCUGGUCCCAUUCAGGCUUUAACUGCCUGCUCUGUGCCCAGAGGCUGGGGAGGAAGGAGGACCUGCUUCUUCACUGGGCACACCAGCACAACUGUGAGGACCCCACCAGACUCUGGGCCAUCCUGGGUGCAUUCUCUAACCAGGGAGCUCCUGAGUUCCCCAGUGAGGUAAAGCAGUGACACUGAGGCCACGCAGCUGAAGAGAUGUCACACCACCUUUCUGUCAUGCUCUGUUUCUGUUAGUAUUUCAUGGUAAGGAUCCAGUACUCCAGGGCUAACACCAGGGCACAGAGGUAAUUUUUUGUGCAUAGUUUUAUUUUCUUAAGAAAUAAAAUAUGGGGCUGGGUGGUAGUGGUGCACGCCUUUAAUCCCAGCACUCGGGAGGUAGAACCAGGCAGAUCUCUAUGAGUUCGAGGCCAGCCUGGUCUACAGAGCGAGAUCCAGAUCCAGGACAGGUGCCAAAACUACACAGAGAAACUCUGUCUCGAAAAAAAAAAAAAAAAAAGAAAAGAAAGAAAGAGAAAAAUAUGUGCCCUGGAUGAAUUUUUCUAACAUAUAUAGUCUCACUUUAAAAUUCCAUGCAUUCUCUAAUAUCAUAGACUUUAUUUCAUAAUAAAUAAAAAUAUUAAAAUUAGGAAAUUGAAAUGUAGAGAAGAUUGUUCUUGAUUGCAAAUUUUUGAGUGUGUGAGAGAGUGUGUGGGUGUGUUUGAGUGUGUGGGGGUGUGUGUAAGUGUAUGUGUAUAUGUGUCCUCUUAUUUUGAUACUGUUUGGCUAUAUUUAUCAACAGUUAAUUCUACAACAGUGGCAUGUAGUCCCAACUAUAGUAUAUAGGUACAUGAUAAAUGUUCAUGUUAUUAGUCUCUGCUUUAUUUGAAUAUGCUCUAGAACAGUCUUUUUAAUGUUUUCUCUGCCAUAAUUUAAAUCUGUGUUUUCAAGACACAUUUUUUGUAAUUUUGCUGUUUUCUUAAAUGUACAGUUCUUUGAAGAGUAGCCAGCAAGUAUUCUAGUGUUCCAUCUCAAAAUAAUAGAAAAAAUGGAUACUUCAGCUAAUAAAAAAAAAUUCUGCUUGCA